UGCAUUGUGCCAAUGGGUUCCUAUCGAUAGAGCCCGUUGCCUUAUCCUCCAAGGCUCUCUACCAUCGGAAAAAUUGUGGCCUCAUCUCGUCGAUCGCACCGCGUUGGUCACCGAAGUUCGCCUUUUUCAAGUUCAGCACGUUCGCGCCCUUCCAGCGAUGCUCGUGCGUCGAUGUCCCGAAGGAGAAUGCAGCGAUCCAUGAGCCUCAGGGGGCCUAUAUCCAAAGACUACUAUCGGAGAAGAUUUGCACGCUCCUCGCGAAAGGAUCUCAAGUUCAUUGAUGCUCUACUCGACUCCUUCGUGGAACGAUACGAAAAUGGCGCGGAGAUUGAGCGUCUCCGUCUCCUGGACCCACAAAACGCGGUGAUCGAUAGUGAUAUAAGUAAAAUGGAGGAGGUUGUACGCUUGGUGGAGUGGAAUGGCGGCUACUAUCCGUAUGAAGUGGUCCAAUCAGUACUAUCAGUACUAUCGGAUGAUGAUGAUGAUUGAACUUUUGUCCAUCACUACCAUCCUCAACCCUCAGUACCGUCUGUGCGCCGUCUCGUAUCCAUGCGAACAGGAACAACACAGAAAGGCUGAAUC